ACUCAAAUGCUCCCUCGCCUGAGUCGUUGACCCCAAAGCACCAGUCUAGCAUCACAAAGUCAACCGUCUUUCAAACCAACGGCCAGGAUUCCACGUCACCAUGCUUACUUCACUUCAAUCAUGCAGCAAGAAAAGAAGUCGUUCAGCGUCUCGCCAAUAAAGAAUUAUUACUAAUCGAUAUUUUUUAUUAUUAAUUAUUACAAUUUUACGCCUCUCCCUCUCUGCUUUUCUAUUUUUCUUGUUUUUCCCUAGUGUUUUUUUGGUUUUGUUUUUGGGUGGGUUCUCUUCUUCCUUUGAGUUUGUUCUCUGUGACUUUCCAGCUUCUCUGUAUCAUCUUCGCUGCCCCGUCCGCGGAGAAGCUGACACUUCUUGCUGCGCGUGUCAACUGGGCCCGGCAAGCUAUCCCGCUCAUAGCUUUUCCGCCUUUGCUUCUGUCUCAGCUUCGGAUUGUCGGAGCUUCGCUUGAAAGUAUGUAACUUUGGGUGAAUUUUAGUGUUUCGAGUGUUUGUUUGUCUCAUUUCAAGUUAAUCAAGCAGAUGGGUUCUGAAAUUUGUGACCUUUCUGUUCGUUCUUCGGACUGGUUUUGAUUCCUUUCUUGAUUUCCAUUUCCUUUGCGAUUUUCUGCCGUAAUUUUCGUUUGGUUCGUAGAUCUGUUGAUGAUGGAGUUUGUGUUUAUGGGUUUAUUUUUUUUUUGUCAUGUGGAUUGUGUUUAUGGGUUUUGGCUGUGGAAAUUGUGUGUGUUUGGAGAAUUGGAUCUACAAUUCGAUCAGCUAGUGUGGAGUGGAGUAGCUACUGGAAGUGGAGGGGAAAGGUUGAAUUAAUGGUUGCAGUGAAUUUUUCCAUUGACUGUGCAGUUUGACUUGGAAUGAGAGUUGUGGGUGCUUGUAGUGGAAAGGAAAAGAAAAUUUGGGAUUGUUGCUAGCGUUGUUCAGAUUAGUGAAGCGAUGACUGGUCAAGCUCAAGCUAAGACUUUUGUCGUCAUUAAGACUCUUUGGAGUACUAUAAAUAGAAAGUUGAUGCAUGUUGAUCUAACCUAUUUGAACAAGUAGGAAUUGACUAUGGAACUACAUCAUUAGUAGGUAUGAAAAGUAUUAGGAGCGUCUGCUGGAACUAUAUCUGGCAUAUUUAAUGUGUGGUAUCAUAAUGCCUAGUGCAAAAUUCAGCAGUCUAGUCCAUUGAUGGUUCUAACUUAGGUCACCAUUUGCCAAGCGAAGGGUCUGGGGACCAAUUUUUGUAGUAGUAUGUACAAAACAAUGUUUCAUUUGAUUGCUUUAGUAGCUGGAUAAUUUAUUUUUCAACUUUUGAUGGAGUUCAGUUUGUCAUUGAUGUGAUGAUUUCCUUAAAUCUCCCUUUUCUCAUUAUAGAAUCCGAUUCAACACUUUGGAAUUUUUUGUCUCGACAUUUCUGUGGAACCAUUCAUGAUUGUCCUGUGGAACCUUGCAGAAAAGAUCAAAACAACAAAAGUUCAAUAUCUACGUCUUUCGUAUGUGGUCCGUAAGUUGGCAUGGGAACGAGGGGGUAUCUAUAAUGGAGAAGUGCGUGUUCAGUUGAAGGUGGGAGCUGCCAUAUCUGUCUCAUUUUACAAACAUGCCUUGGUGGAGCAAGUCGUCAUCAAAAGAUGAAAAGAAGAAAACAAACAAGGAAGGUAUCAUUGAUGCAAUACACAGGAAACUCAGAAAUGCACCCGAGGAUAAGAGCAGUGGUGGUAGAACUGCUGGGUAUUGGAGGCGGGCUAGAGAUGUUCUCUCAGAGAGAGGAUCUCUUUCCCGAGUCCCAUCAAGAUCUCCAUCACCUUCCACUCAAGUCUCACGGUGCCAAAGUUUUGCAGAAAGACCAUCUCAACCACUUCCACUUCCUGGUGCGAGACGUACAACCGUUGCCCGCUCUCAUUCUGGAGUGAGUAGUUCCCCAAAUCCAGGUUCUGAUGCAGGAUCCAAGCAUUUGCAGGUAUUACCUCUUCCAAGGCCUGGGAAUGUUUCUAAUAGGUUGGACCGGGUAAAUGUUGAAGUGGAUAUAGGCACUGCUUCCAUAUCUAGUGAUAGUUCAAGUGAUAGUGAAGAUCAGUCAGAUUCACGUCUCCUUAGUCCCUUGACAUCAGACUAUGAAAAUGGGAACAGAACUGCUGCAAAUAGCCCUUCUAGCAUGAUGCAGAAGGAUCGGUCUCCGCUUCUUAGUCGAAAGAACUCAGGCGAGAUGUUGAAGCAUGCUGACUUUUCACUGAAUAACAAUCAGAAACCAUCUGUAUCGCCUAGAAGGGCGCAUUUAAGUUCUCUUGUACAAAAUUUACAGAUACCUAACAGAGGCAUACUUUCCAGUGCCCCUGACAGCUCAAUGUCGAGUCCUUGCAGGAGCCCAAUCAGGUUAUUUGGAACAGAGCAAGUUGUAGUAAAUACUGGUUUAUUACUACAAGGGAAGAAUUAUGCAGAUGUAGUAGGUUUACUAGGAUCUGGGCAUUGCUCAAGUCCAGGUUCGGGUUAUAAUUCUGGGCAUAACUCAAUAGGUGGAGAUAUGUCAGGACAGCUAUUCUGGCCAAACAGUAGAUGUAGCCCUGAGUGCUCUCCCAUACCGAGUCCUCGAAUGACAAGUCCUGGGCCGAGCUCCAGGAUACAGAGUGGGGCUGUGACACCUCAACAUCCACGAGCUGGUGGGGGUUUGGCAGAGUCGCCUAAGGGAAGGCAUGAGGACACCAAGCAACAGAGCCACCGGUUACCUGUUCCACCAAUAACAAUCUCUAAUACUUGUCCCUUUUCACCUGCUUAUUCUGCCGCAACCUCUCCUUCACUACCACGAAGUCCUAAUAGGGCAGAAAACCCUACAAGCCCUGGUUCACGCUGGAAGAAGGGCCGUCCAUUAGGGCGAGGCACGUUUGGGGAUGUGUUUCUUGGAUUUAACAGUGAAAGUGGUGAGAUGUGUGCAAUGAAGGAAGUAACUCUGUUUUCAGAUGAUGCAAAAUCAAGAGAGAGUGCACAGCAGCUGGGACAAGAAAUUGCAAUGCUGAGUCGCUUAAGGCAUCCUAAUAUAGUGCAGUAUUACGGAACUGAAACGGUGGAUAACAAGCUUUAUAUUUACCUGGAGUAUGUUUCUGGUGGCUCCAUUUAUAAACUGCUUCAAGAUUAUGGUGCAUUUGGUGAAAUAGCCAUCCGUACUUACACUCAGCAAAUUUUGUCUGGGCUUGCUUAUUUGCAUGGUAAAAACACUGUACACAGAGACAUAAAGGGGGCAAACAUACUGGUAGAUCCAAAUGGGCGGGUCAAAGUGGCAGAUUUUGGGAUGGCAAAGCAUAUUAGUGGCCAAUCAUGUCCAUUAUCGUUCAAAGGAAGUCCUUACUGGAUGGCACCUGAGUUGUUUCAGGUGAUUAAGAAUUCAAACAGUUCUAAUCUGGCCGUUGACAUAUGGAGCUUGGGGUGCACUGUUUUGGAGAUGGCAACUGGAAAACCUCCUUGGAGUCAGUAUGAAGGGGUUGCUGCUAUGUUUAAGAUUGGAAACAGUAGGGAGCUACCAGCAAUUCCUGAUCAUCUAUCAGAAGAUGGAAAGGACUUCAUUAGGCAAUGUCUACAACGGAAUCCAUUGCACCGCGCAACAGCUUCCCAACUCUUAGAGCACCCGUUUGUGAAGAAUGUCACACCUCCAGAGAGGCUAAUUACGAAUGCUGAGCCCUUAGAACCAACUGCGACUGGAAGAUUAACGGGCACUGGAUAUGCGAGAAGCUUUGACACGGAAGCAAUCCCCAUUCAUCAAUCUAGAGUCUCAAGAACUGGUUCAGGAUUCAGUGACUUCCAUGCGCCGAGGAACAAUUUAUCAUGUCCAGUUUCCCCUAUCGGUAGCCCUCUUCUGUAUCCAAGAUCACCACAACAACAACAUGUAAGUGGAAGGAUAUCUCCAUCUCCUAUAUCUAGCCCUCACACUGCCUCAGGUUCAUCCACGCCCCUUACUGGUGGCGCCAUCCCAUUUCAUCAUCACUCGUGGCAACCGGCAUCUUACAUCCAUGAAACCCCAAGGUCUCAAACUGGCUUCUACACCGGAAGUAGCAGUAGUAGUCCCUAUCAGGAACCAACCAACAACCAGCCUGAGAAGUUCAGAGGUUUGUCGCAAACCUCACACAUGUUUCGGGAUAUGACUUCAGUAGAUAAUAAUGGUGGUCUUGGGACCUGCCAUUUUGGACGAUUCGGUCAACACCAGGACCUUAGUGAAGUUCUUCCAACUUCACAGCCUGUGUUGGCUGAUCGCGUGUCCCAGCAGCUACUAAGGGAUAGUGUUCGGUUAAAACCAUCUCUUGAUCUGAAUCCUGGCUUCACAAUGCAUCAUCAUAGGCCUGAGUAGCAAUUUGCAGAGGUUUUGUGCUUCUUUGAGGCUAGAAAAUUUCUGAGGUUACCAAGAGCUGGGGGCAAGGAUUUUUGGAACAGCCAUUUUGCAGAAGAAUCCGCUAAUUACUUUCAACCCAUAACAACCGACGUGGAAAUUCGAACAACUGACAGAUGAGAAAUUGCUUAUUGAGACCUGACACGUUAGCAGCAGCUCAGCUUUUAUUCGUUUGUGCGCUGUAAACAACUGUAAAUCUUAUCAUACACUCUUGAAGAAUACAGGAGUCUAGAAAAGUUCCUGUCUGAACAUGGUGUACUCUUUCAAUUUGUAACUGUAACCAUAUCUGGUUGGAAGAAGUACAUCUGCCUCGGUUGAAAGAAGUAAAGUCAUGUAUAGAGA